UUAGAGUCGGCCGCGUGGUCGGCCCGCUUCAGUAACUCCGAAACCUUCGAGCGGGUGAGUCACGUCCGAUUUCGAUCCUGGUCGCGAACGCCGACACGCGCCAAAACCGCUUUUUCUCCUCGUCAAGUUAACACCGUCGCGUUUCUUUCGACACUCUCGCGUUCUAACUGUUCUCUUAAUCGAACGAUGAAAAAUUGUAUUCGUUCGAACCGUUCGAUACAGUGAAACGUACGAUCGUGCCUGUCGUGUUUAUAAACAUACGGGAGCAGACGCGCGAUCCCGUGCGACUCUGUCAGAUUUUUGUGGUUCGUGAAGUAUCGUGAACUCUCGAGAAUUUAUCGUGUGAUGUUCCCAGUGUAAAAUCGUAGACAGUUCCGUUUGCGUUCAGUUUCAUUGCAUUUAGCGAAAUCGCGUUCACCAUGAAGGCGUUUCGUUUGGUAACCAUCGUUUCGGCGUUGCUGGUGCUCGUUUCCUCCGAACCGGAUACCACUCCGAAAUUGACGAUUUUGAAGUGUUGCCGCCACAAAGAGGAACUGGUGAAAGUCAGCGACAAAGAGACGAUAACUCGUUGCGAAGCCUCCAAGAACGAGUGGAAACCCGUCAUUUACUCGUCGUCCCUUAAAACUUUCCUGUUCACUCCGCCGGAUGAAUGGAACAUCGUUCAGGGAAGGAAGCCACAAUGCGGCGACAAUUCGGAGCUGAUCUACGUGCCCUACAGAAACUCCAAUCCGUUUGUACUUAUGGAGAACGGUAACGUCCUACUCGAAAUCGAUUCCGGGGACAAAUUCGAACCGCACGAGUACUGCGUUGACUCGAAUGCGCUACUCGUGUGCGUGCAAAGAAGAAUGGACGGAAACCACUUGGCUGCCACCAUGAGACCACGAGUUAAAAAGUGCUGUGGCGAAGACGCUGUUUAUCACGACAAACUAGGCACGUGCGCCCAGCUAAAGGAAGCCACCGAUUCGACGCCGUUGCUGCCGAACGCGUCGUCCGCUGUCGAAAUAGGAUCGGGUUUUCCAACUUGUAAUCGCUACGAUAAUUUCACGAUCGUGGGUGACGCUAAGGAUGCUGUGCUGUUACCGGAUGGUGGUCUGGAAAUAAGCGGACACACCUUACCUAGCAGCCAGUUCUGCGUCGAGAGGAUCAAGGAACUGAAUCAUGUGUCCAAGGUCUUUGCCUGCUCCGAGCACACGUCGCAGAGGCCGAUAAUGAAAGCCGCGGACAUCAGGUUCACCUUGUACCCGGUGGGCUUUAUCAUUAGUGCAGUUUUCCUGGCAGCCACGUUGGCCGCUGGUUGGCUGCUCCCUGCCUCUCAUCACGUUCUGCAUUGGCGAUGCCAGACUCAUCACGUCGCUUGCCUGAUGCUUGGUGAUAUUCUCAUGGCCAUCAUUCAGCUCGCCGUAAAUCACCUGCAUGGCGGAAGCUGCAAGGCGGUUGCAAUCAUGGCGCAUUUCUUCUUCCUAGCUGCGUUCUUCUGGCUGAACACGAUGUGCUUCAACAUCUGGUGGACGUUCAGGGAUCUGAGACCAGCCAGCAUCGAAAAGAGCCAAGAGACCCUCAGACUUCGCGUGUACGCCUGUUACGCUUGGGGUGGCCCUCUUUUGGUCGCCGGUUUGGCCGCCCUCCUGGAUCAUCUUCCGCCUCAGCCUCAGUACACGUUCCUCAGACCUCGUUUCGGCGAAAAACAGUGCUGGUUCUACGGUGAUAUGGAGAUUCUGGCAUACUUUUUCGGACCCAUCGGCGUUCUAUUAGCAGUGAAUUUACUGUUUUUCGCUGCCACCGCCCGCGAGCUGACGUGCGGGUUGUGGAAGGGUGAAUUCGUGAAGAGCACCACGGAAAGAGCCGCGCUCGGUCGAGUAUGCAUGAAACUGGUAGUAGUGAUGGGCGUCACCUGGGUAGCGGACGUGGUCUCAUGGGCAGUCGGAGGUCCGCAGUACAUCUGGUAUUUCACGGACAUGAUAAACGCGUUCCAAGGAGUGCUGAUCUUCGCGGUGGUCGGCUGCCAGCCUCAGGUCCGCGCUGCGGUGAAGAGGAUCUGCAACCGAAACCCGAGAACGAACGCCGAAAGGCAGGGAAACGGACUAAGCACCACCAGUCACGGCAUGCCCAGCAUGGGCGACAGCGUCACUCAGAAUCCCAGCACGAAGACCGUUCCGUUGGAAACCAUCUGUUAAAGAAGCAUCGAACCCUGGCGCUUUCGAGAUCCAAAGCGCAGGAACUUCCCGUAAACAGAGAUCCACGGGAUCCGACGGACGGGACGCAGAGCUAGCCACGUGUGUUUCUAGGGACGCACAACCAGACACGGAAGCUUACAGAGCGGAAAGAGCACUGUAUACGAAGCGGGUGAUGAAUCGAUGCCGGCCGAGCAGAACCCUUUCCGUGGAUUUCUUGCGACGUCUCGUUUGAUCGAUCUUCGAACACGAUGAAUCUUCGUCGAAUGCUUCGCUGAUCGCGUUAGAGGGUCGUCGACCUUGAGAUCGUGAGCUUCGCGCUCGGCAUCGCGUCUCGUUUAACCGAUCAUCCCCGUUCCGGAUGAUUUUGCGCUUCGACGAGACACGUUUCCGCGGCAAAUUCUAGUAGGCCUCGAAAAUUCUUGUCUCUAGAGGUCGUAGACCUUGGUUAGAGACAGAAGUGGUCGACCAAGGACGCCCUUCCCCGUGGACUUGGGCGCGUAGAAAACGGUACAACGACAGCUUGUCACUUUGAAUAGUUCAUUGUCUCGCUAGACAACGCAAUGGAGAGCGGAGAAAACAACGCGAAGCGACAAAUAUUCGUAGAGAACCCCGUCCUUCCGAUUCGAGCUCCCUAGAGUCGCUCGAGUACGCUUCGCGUUAAGAUCGUAAUUCGCGCUGUCGAGUUGCGUUGACUUUUGCGUGCUGUGGGGUCAUCUUAAUUGAGUACACGAGAAUCUGGUGUCUGUUAUUACGGAGAACGAUAUCGAGGAGAGACGUUAUUAUCGAUCAUUUGUUGCGUUCAAAUUACGUUAUUAUCUUCUUCGUUGGCUAUUACGUAGCGAUUUUAAAACCGAAAGCUUGUGAUUGAAUUUCUUUCUAAUCCCUUCCGGCGGAAGAUUAAUUAUUAUACUAAAUUAAAAAUACUCUUAAGAAUAAAUAUUUUGCUGGUGUAGUUGACCUACGAUAACUUAUUUAAGAUAAUUAUACCUUAGUAUUGUAAGACUAUAAAAUUGUAAUAAUUUAAAUUAAUGUUAGAUGAUUUUGAUGUUAUGCGUGGUGAACGGUUAACGCGUAGAAUAACCAGGGUCUGUCGUUGAGUUCUUCAUUUUUAUGCAAGGACUCGGCACAUCCAUGUCGUAGUUCGUUUAAAAUUGAAUUCGAUUCGUAUUUAUUUUACAGAAGAAUAAUUCGAUUGGGACCAAAAAUGCUGCAUAUUCAUGAGCGACUCGAAAGACUGAA